CCGCCCCGUUCUCUCUUUCUAAAUUUAAGCUGUUCGCCACUUUCCGUCAUUGUCUCCAAAUCCCCAUCUCCCUCAACACGCAUCCUAUCACCGCCAUCAUCAUACCGCCUCCGUCUCUUCUUCUUUGAACACUCUCUGUCUGUCUGUUUCCGUCUUCCUCUCCCUCCCUUUCUCUCUCUCUCUCUCUCUCUCUCGCUCGCUCGUCACGGUGGCGAGCGGUGGAAAUGAACGUUGGGAGUGACGAUGAAGAUGACGAUGACGAUGACGAUGCCGCUUAACCAUAGUAGCAACCACAACCACGAGAAGAAUCAAACCCGGUCCUUGUCUCGAACACGGAUCCGUCGAUGGCGAAAAGGCCACACCGGCACUGCUGUCGUUGCUGUGGUGGCUCUCCUCAUCUCCACCACUGCAUGGUUGUCUCUCGUCUUCUCCGGCACCACCACUAGAUGCUGGCACCAUUUCAAGGAUUGGGAGGGAAGCCCCCAUCACUCUUUCCCCUGGCAUAAACACUAUCACUCCAAUGCUCUCUCUUCACACUCCUCUCAUCCCCCUCCCCCUUCAAUCAAAACGCCCAUCCGCAGAAACACCAGUACUGCCACCAUGGUCGCCACAGCGAAGGAAGAGUUGUCCCUGAAGCACAUAGUCUUCGGCAUUGCCGGUUCGAAGCAGCUGUGGAAACGCCGCAAAGAGUUCGUCAAGCUGUGGUGGCGUCCCAAGGACAUGCGUGGUCACGUCUGGUUAGAAGAAAACUUCGGCAACGAUCACGAUGACAAUAACGGUGACGGCGACGAUGAUUCAUCUUCAUUGCCGCCUAUUAUGGUGUCUGAGGACAUCUCGCGGUUCCGCUAUACCAAUCCGACGGGCCAUCCUUCCGGCCUCCGGAUCGCGCGGAUAAUCAUGGAAUCCUUCCGGCUCGGAUUAUCUGAUGUACGUUGGUUCGUAUUGGGGGAUGACGACACAAUCUUCAAUCCCGAUAAUCUGGUCGAUGUUUUGAACAAGUACGAUUCGUCGGAGAUGGUUUACAUUGGUAGUCCUUCGGAGAGCCACUCUGCGAAUACCUAUUUCAGUCAUUCCAUGGCUUUUGGUGGUGGUGGGAUUGCUAUAAGCUAUCCGCUUGCGGAGGCACUUUCAAAUAAUCUGGACGAGUGCCUUGAGAGGUACCCGAAACUAUACGGUAGUGAUGAUCGUCUCCAUGCCUGCAUUACUGAAAUUGGGGUUCCUUUAACGAGAGAACAUGGGUUUCAUCAGUGGGAUAUCAGGGGCAAUGCUCAUGGUCUUCUCUCCGCUCACCCAAUUGCGCCUUUUAUCUCAAUUCAUCAUGUUGAGGCUGUUGAUCCUUUCUAUUCUGGCAUGAGUUCCCUCGAGGGUCUGAAACUUUUUACAAGGGCCAUGAGAGCUGAUCCCAGGGUUUUUUUGCAGCGGUCAAUUUGUUACGAUCGAAUCCGGCGGUUAACAUUCUCGGUCUCUCUAGGUUAUGUUGUUCAGGUGUUCCCAAACAUUGUGCUUCCGCGGGAGUUAGAGCGCUCAGAGCAGACUUAUUCUGCUUGGAACCGAAUUAGUCACAGGAAUGAGUUUGAUUUCGACACUAGAGAUGUCCAUGGAUCUGUCUGUAAGAAGCCAAUCCUUUUCUUCUUGAAGGAUGUAUGGAAAGAUGGAAAUGCUACUAUGGCUACAUAUAGACGAACUAACGGGAGUGAUGAUCUGAAAAGAAAGGUCUUCUGCUUUCCUCGAUCCCUUCCUUUGCCUCGUGUCCAGAAUAUUCAGGUUCUGGGAUAUCCACUUAGCAAGACCUGGCAUCUGAUGCCCCGGAGACUCUGCUGCAAAGUAAACCAAACCACCGAUCAAUUUCUUAGACUUACAGUCAGGCAAUGUGAGAGGGGGUAUUCUGGUUUUCUUGAUGAAUCUGUGUGAAUUUUGAUGGACCAUUGACGUAUGGUUUAUUCUCUCUUCUUCUGGGAUGAAGUUCAAUUCUGAAGGGACUUCUCUUUAAUGUGCUUCAGUUUCAGCUCAAAUUUGAACUUUACUUCUCGUUUAUGAUCAGCUGGCCUUUGGCAUUUUGGAAAGCCUUUUUUGUAGGUUGUGGAUAUAUAGAGGAAGUUCUCAUGUACACAGUUGAGUCAAAGAAAAUGGAGAUGUAGACACCAGCCCCAGGAAUUGUAUUCUUUGCCUUCGUUUUUUUCUCAGAAGGUAUUUAAUUAUAAUCUAAGAUUUGAUGUUUGACAGUUGCUAAUGGAGUUACUUAUGCUA